AUGGCUGGUGAUGCCUAUGGAGGCUGUGGUGGUAGUGAUGACAAUGGAGGUGGUGAGAAUUGUGGUGGUGGCAGUGGAGAAGAUGAAGUGGGCAGUGGUGGUGGUAGAGAAGGUGGUAACAUGGUUAGAGGUAAAGUGGGUGGUGGUGGAGGUGGUGGUGGUAAAGUGGCUGGUUGUGGUGACGGAGUUGGUGAAGUGGAUGGUAGACGUAUGGUGGAGCAGAUGAAGUGGAUGGUACUGGUGUUGGUGCAGGUGGUGACGAGGAAGCUGUGA